AUGCUUUUCCAAGUAUCGUGGUUACUCAUAUUCGUUCCCGUUUUAUCGAGCUCCGCGUCUACCCAAGUAGUGUACAAAGUGGGGGUACUCAUGGCCUCCCGCCUUGAUUCCCCCUUCGACCUGGAAAGGUGCGGUCCAGCCGUGGAUUUGGCCUUGGACAAAAUCAACGAGAAGUUUCUCGCACACCACGGAGUUGAACUACAGAAGGUGCAAGGCAGCUACCCAUCGUGCUCCGGUGCUAUAGCACCGGGCCUGGCGGCAGAUAUGCACUUCAAAGAUGACGUCAUUGCAUUCAUCGGGCCCGCUUGCGCUUUCGCCCUAGAACCCGUCGCCAGACUUGCUGCGUACUGGAACACCCCUAUUAUCACUGGAAUGGGAGAUCAGUUUACGAUAGCAUAUAUUAAUGGCGACACCAGACAGAAUAGUUGGGGGGGCGAAAACUUUGAGAAUUCGUUAGUGGAUGAAGAAUCUUGUACUAAAGAAACGACUACAGAGGGUGACAUCGCUGAGAUAGAUAGCCUGCGACCUCGGUUAGUCAGUUUCACGUCAUACACAUAA